CCGCCGGGGCAGGGGCCAGCCGGUGCCCCGCCGGGACAGGGCCUGGACCCGGGAAGGCGACCCGCUCGCUCGGGGUCCCCUACCCUCCUCACCCGCUCCCUGGUCCCCCCAGCUGAGCUGCGCUAACCCUCCGCAGUUAAAGACCAGCGACCCCUUUUGGGAUGGAAGGGGGCGGGCUAAAAAACCGAAAUAGCUUCACAUCAGGGCUCAGACUGACCUUGUGGGUUUAACGCGCACCCUACUCGGUCCUGAGAUCUGGAACUCAUUACCUCAUCACCAAGAAACUGCACGGAAUCGCCCCCCCCCCCCACUGGGGAAAGGAACGAGCAAACAUCCCUUUAAGAAAGAAACCUACACUUGAGUGAUUUAAAUUAAAGUGGAUGGAAGUUAUUUCCCUUUCUGGCGCUUGCCAGAUUUCGAGAAAAGCUGAAAAAUGGGAACGGGGAGGGAAACAACAGGCGGCUGGACAGCAACGGAAGAAAAAGCAAGGGGCAGCAGCCGGGUUAAAAAUGGGGCCAUCAAUUUUAAGUCAGGGGAGACAAAUAAAAGCAGUAGAAAUUGUGUUUCGUAAAGUUGAAAAACAACACGUUCCUAAACCAGUUGUGAUUUGGAAGGUUUCCUGGGUUUGCCCGGAGAUUGGAUAAAUAAAAUGGAGUGAAAAGUGUGUGUUGCGGGGGGCGUGGGGGGGCGGCUGGAGUACAUCCCAGCGCUCUGCUCCGCCCGCCCCGUCCUUUCCAAAGAAACGUGCUCGUAAUGGGGUGACCUAAUUACAUCGCAAUGGAACUCGCUCUUAGCCACUCGGCGCACACCGGGUUUCAUCACAGAUCCGGCGGCCUCGAGUGCUGGGAAGAAGCGUGCAAGGGCCACGGAGGCGGCCGGGCCCGCGUGGAAAUAGGAAAGAAUCGCAGCGCCGCGAUUUCCGCCUGGGUCUGCACUUCUGCACCCGGCGACGGCGCCGGCCGCGGCGGGGGACACGUAACAACUUUUUAUUUGGCUUCUGGGGGUGUAUGGGGGGAGGUGGAGGAAGGUUGCGGCAUGGCCCAUAAUUCAGAGCGCGUGUGGAAAGUCGUGCGUUGCACCUUUAAAGAAUGGAAGCGUGGAAGAAACGCCACGCCUAGACCUGUUAAAACAAACAAUCGGCCCGGGCGGUGGUCUUUUUCGAGACGCCUCCUCCUUCCCGCCGAUACUGGGAGAGCGCCCCUGCGAAGCCAGCGCGAGUGUAGACGCGUGCGGUGCAGAGACCAGCUCAAGAUGGAAACCGCAGCCCCGGCGCGAAGGAAGGGCUUCUGCUCCCGCUCGCUAAAAGAGAAAGUCAAGCCCGCCUUCCUGCCCGACAAACAACAACAACACAACAAGAACCCCGAAGGGGUGGAAGGAGUGAUGUCACAGAGCCGCGCUCGUAGGGUGACAAAGGGGGUGCCCCUCCCCCUCCGCUCGGCGCGCAGCGGGAGAGAGGGGGGAGAGCGGGUGCGGGAGAGGGGUCGGGAAAAGCGAAGUAGUGCGGGCCCUUGGGGAAGUUUCGUAGGAGACCAGCUCAAGAUGGAAACCGCAGCCCCGGCGCGAAGGAAGGGCUUCUGCUCCCGCUCGCUAAAAGAGAAAGUCAAGCCCGCCUUCCUGCCCGACAAACAACAACAACACAACAAGAACCCCGAAGGGGUGGAAGGAGUGAUGUCACAGAGCCGCGCUCGUAGGGUGACAAAGGGGGUGCCCCUCCCCCUCCGCUCGGCGCGCAGCGGGAGAGAGGGGCUCCCGAAGCUUCGGGUAGCAAAGCUCGAAACUUUUCCUCUUUAA